AUGUCACGCGUACUGUUAAUUGGCACUGGAAGUGUCGGCACUGUGUAUGCCAUGCUACUGUCUAUGGGAGAAGCUGAGAUCACAUGCGUGUGUCGCUCCAAUUAUGGAGUCGCGCAUGUGCGUGGCUUCACCGUUCGUUCAGCAGUCUUCGGCGAGCGAACCUUCUACCCGCGGGUAGUGAAUUCUGUACGAGAGGCAGUCGAAGAUCAGUCGCCAUCAAAGUAUUUCGAUUUUGUUGUCGUCUGCGUUAAAGCAGUCAACACCGGUAUCACCGUUACAGAUACGAUCAGACCUGCCGUUCAAGAAGCGCAUACAAGUAUUGUGGUCAUCCAGAAUGGACUCGGGGUGGAGGAAAUAUAUCGCAAAGCUUUCCCAAAGAAUACGAUUAUCUCGGGAGUUACGUAUGUCCCAACUCUUCAGGUUGAGCCCUGUGUGGUUUCACAUGCCGAAACGCAAAAGCUAUUUCUGGGCCCGUAUCCAGCCAAUCUCGCCACUGAAGUCGACAUGAGAAGGACUAUAACAUUCGCGCAGCUUAUCCAAGCCGCUCAAGCACACGCUGUGGUCUGCGACGACGUCCAAGUCGAAAGAUGGAAGAAGUUGAUUGGGAACGCAACCUGGAACCCGAUAUGUGCGCUAUCCCGGUGCUGCGAUCUACAAUUUCUGGAGGCGACCCCCAAUUUAGCACAAGAAUUCGUCUUGGAGUCAAUGCGUGAGGUCGUUGCUGUCGCGUGCGCACUGGGUUACGGCGAUGUAAUUCAAGAGGAAGCUGUCCAAGUACAAUUGCAGCGGAGUAAUGCUCGGCAGUGGCCCGGCGUGCAGCCCAGUAUGUUGGCUGACAUAGAGAAUGGGAAGACGAUGGAAGUCGAGGCCGUAAUAGGUGAGGUUGUACGGGUUGGAAGAAAACAUCAGGUCAGUGUGCCCAGGUUGGAGACAUUGUACUUGCUACUCCAAGGCUACACUUAUCAAGCAAGUCCAUGA